AAAAGACUCUGCCACGUGCUCACUCUCUUCUCGACAAAAGGUGAUAGAAUAGUGUUAAGCUAAGAGAUGCCUUUCGGUGGAGUUACAGUGAAGGAUGUUGAUCCCCACGAAUUUGUUAGGCAACUAGCUGAAUGGCUCAAAUUGAGUGGUAAGAUUAAGCUGCCGUUGUAUGUUGAUUUUGUGAAGACUGGCCCACAUAAAGAGCUGUCUCCAUAUGACAAAGACUGGUAUUACAUCCGGGCAGCAAGCAUAGCUAGACACAUCUACCUAAGGAAAGGAGUUGGCAUUGGAGCACUUGCUAAAGUCUAUGGAGGUAAGCAGAGGAGGGGUGCUCGUCCUGGUGUGUAUAGGAAGGCUAAUACUGCCAUCCUCCGUCAUGUUGUCCAGAGCUUAGAGAAAAUGAGAAUACUUGAUAAGGACUCCAACGGUGGGAGGAAGAUUACGUCAGAAGGUCAAAAACAUCUUGAUCGUAUUGCAGGACAAGUAUUAUCCAACAAGAAAUGAACUCAUAAAAUUUUGUUAUUGUUAAAAAAAGUUUUAAUCAUUUGAAUUAAAAAGUGCGAUCAGAAAUUAA